AACCUGGAGACCCAAGAGGACAUUGCAUUUUUGCACUUUCACAAGAGGACAGGAUGGCACUUCUUGAUUACCCCAUUCCAAAGCUGGAUGUCACCCUCAAAGAGGCAGGCCGUGUUCUCCAGCUUACCCUGAGCCCAGAGCUCUACCUGAAAUACAAAGAUGACCUCAGUCAACAGAACGAGGUCCUGCUGGAGGCCCAAAAGCAAUUUGUGGCUUCAGCCUCUGGGCGGGAGAACUGGGUGACAGAGCAGUUCAAGAGCCGGCUCCUCUCGUGUGCCGACCCCUUGCCCACCUCGACGGCCGUGCCCGCUGUCCUGCCGCCCUCCAGAGCCAAGAAGGACUGCACCCAGCUGGAGAGGGCCGCAGCUCUGCUCUGGGCUGUGGCCAAGAUGUACAGCGAGCCUUCUCUGGUAGAGGGCGAGGGACCCACUGAGCGCACCCAGCAGUCAGAGGUGUUUGCUGCCAGCCGCAUUCCUGGGAAGACCCAAGAUGAGAUUAAGGUAUACCCAGACAGCCUCCAUGCCAUUGCCAUCUGUGCUGGAGGGGCAUUUCGAGUCAACAUACUACAGCGAUCCAGCCCAGGGGCGCUCACAUCACCCGUGCCGUUCCCUGAAAUCUACAGCCAAGUGGCUAGCGUGAUGAGCCAGCCCAGAGCUGCCCUGAACCACGAUCCCUCCACCGUCUAUGGCCUCUCUGCCCUGCAGCGGCAGGCUUGGAGCGCCGUGAGGGAGGAGAUUCUGCAGGCAGGUGGGGAAGCGGCCGCAUCACUUGGUGUGAUGGAGAGUGCAGUGGUUACUCUCUCCCUGGAAGACAGCCACCCACCAGAAGACCUCGCAGAAACCCUCAACGCUGUCAGACUGGGAGGAGGCGAAAGGCCCAGCCUGAGAUACUAUGACAAGGUUGUGAACCUGGUUGUAUUCAAGGACGGCACAGCAGGGAUGGUGUUCGAGCACAGUGCAGUGGAUGGAAUGGUGGCUGGAUUAGUGGCUGAAACUGUGUGGCAUCUCUCCGAGUCGCUCACAGCAGAACUAGUCCAGGCCAACUCAGGAAACAAUGGGUCAGCCUACAUUAAAAAGGCUGAUUCCUUCUCCCCAAGCCCCCUAGCAUUCCGACUGCAGGGGAUAACUAGACCAGACCCGCCGAUAUCCUCCCCUGAAGCAACACAUCCUAUAAUCACAUUUGACGUUCCCUCUUACCCAGAUGUCUUUGCUACCCUCCGGGGUCUGAGGAGCCUGUAUGAUGCCUGGAUCAACUUCUCCUUGCAGCUCUCCCUCAGGCAGAUAUUCGGGGAAUCUGCCAACGGCUACAUCAUUGUUACCCCAACCCACAUGCGCCAUUACAAGCAUGGCCGCUGCGAUCCGACUUACUCCCUCACCACUCAAUCCUGCCAGCUCAUCGGUGCAUUGGAAUCCUGUGUCGGACUAGACAACAACUCGAUAUACACAGGCAAACUCCUCCGUCUGUUCGAUGUGGCUUUCCUGGAGCACAAGGGCCUGAUCAAAGCCACAAAGAGUGGCCAUGGUGUGGGCCCUCACUUGGGGGCACUACGCGGAUUACUGUCUCCAGACAGUCCCCUGAAGUCAUUCCUGGAGCCCUUUGGAUGCCCUUCCAUUUACCUUACUGGCAAGGAUAUGAUGGAGGGAGUAGAGCUAGCAGUGGGGAAUGUGUAUGCUAAAGACCAACUGGCUGUGACCUACCUGGGGAGGAGAGACCGUGUCCGUAUGGUGCUCAACGGGAAAGGCAGCUUUGCUGCAGUGUUGGAGAAGCUUCGAGAAAAGCUCAAAGUAAAUCUCAAGCUGGUGAUGCUUCUUGCUGUUAGAUAUGCAAUUGCCAGACAAAUGGGAGCCCUAGAGGUACUGCUCCAAGAAGGACAAGGAGAAAGAAUAAAUGGAUCCACCCGAGAACAAAUUCACAGAAACAUUAAUCCGCCAGGCCAAAAACAAGACAAGACGACAUCCAGUGCAACUCUCCCCUCUGACUCUGCCUCCAACAUGGGUCAGGACUUCACUCUGGUAAUCCACGGAGGAGCUGGAGAGGAGAUGAUGCUAAAUACAAAGGUGGUUGGUGUUAUUGAAUUUGCUCUCCAGACAGCCCUGAUCCUUGGAGCACAAGUCCUACAAGAUGGAGGCAGUAGUCUAGAUGCAGUUCAACGGAGUGUGCAAGCUCUCGAGGACUGCUUUCUAUUCAAUGCCGGAAAGGGAUCAGUUUUCAACAAAGAUGGGAGAAAUGAGAUGGAGGCAACUAUAGUUGAUGGAAAUGGGAUAUACUCCGGAUCUGUGGCUUGUGUCCAGAGUGUAAAAAACCCAGUGAAAGCAGCCAGACAGGUCAUGGAGAAGAGUGCACAUGUACUUUUGGUAGGGGAAGGAGCAGAAGAGUUCUUGCAAGGCUUAGAAGGGAGUGAGAAGCCAAUGAGGCCUGAGUACUUCCAAACUGAUAUCCGCCGCAGAGAGCUUUUGGCAGAACUAAGCUCUGGCCGGGCCUCUAAGGCAAAACAUCCACAGACAGUGGGAGCUGUUGCUUUGGAUCGAUGGCGCAGGUUAGCAGCUGCAACAUCCACAGGUGGAUUAGUGGGCAAAUGGAAGGGGCGAGUUGGGGACACAGCGGUAGUAGGUGCAGGUGUAUUUGCUGAUGACAAGCUUGCGGUCACCUGCUCUGGUGAUGGAGAUGUAUUUCUAAGGUACACAGUGGCACAAAAAGUAGCCAGUCUCUACCACCACAAAGGCUACAGCCUUAGGGCAGCAUGUCGAGAAGUAAUGUCCGAUAACUUGAAGGGCAGCUGUGCUGGAAUAAUUGCUGUAGACCAUAAAGGUGAUGCUGUGGUUGAAACCAACGCCGGGGUUAUGUUUGUAGCAUCCAUGGUUGGCGGCAUUGCACGUGUCGAAGUCCUGAGACCCAUGCAGAGUUACUCCAACGUGAUCUGGGAGACUGACGAACUCGUUGCUCACCUUCAUUCCCACCCCUGGACACCAGGGGCCACCAUCCUUACCCGAAAGACCCUGAGUGGGCCGAGCAGCAUCUUUCAGCUGCCAGUGCCAGACUUUGUAGCGAUGUUGCAAGCAGCGCGAGAUGUCGCAAACCUGCUAUGCGAACGACUGGCUGUGCAGCGUUGCGCCCUCAUAUUUAACCCACACCCUGAGCAGCCGGCCCAUUUACGAGUGCUGCCACUUCAUGGCCUGGAACCUAACUGGUGCCCCCACCAGGCUGGAGAGGAGGACUUUCAACCUUAUGACACAGGUUACUGCAGCUCAAAGAAUGGUCCACGCUGGGAAGAUGCGGACCUGGACCAUGUUCAAGCCAAGAUUCGGGCCAGGCUGCCAACAUCCAAUGCACCUUCCUGCAAUGAAUUUUUAGGUGACCCCGCCCACAACAGCCUGUUCUGUCGCAUCAUACGUGGGGAGGAGCAACACUGGAGAGUGUGGGAGGACAGUGAGCAUGUGGCUUUCCUCACUCCGUACCCCAAUACACCUGGAUUCACUGUUCUAGUGCCACGCAAACCACUGCACAGCAAUAUUUUCCAAAUGGAGGACACUGAUUACACAUCCCUGAUCCUGGCCACUCUUAAAGUAGCUCGACUUCUGGAGGAAGGAAUGCAUGCUCGAGGCGUCACACUCAUCUUUGAGGGCUUUGAGGUUGAUUAUGCACAUGUGAAACUGAUCCCUUUAGUUCCUCCACGAGGUGAUAAGCCUGCCGAUGUGCUCCCGGAGUACUUUGAAAGCUACCCUGGGUAUGUCUCAUCAGCCAACGGUCCUCCUGCCAGUCCUGAAUCCCUGAAGGAGAUCCACACCAAAAUUACAUUCUGCAAGGCCCCACGGUCCUGGGAGGACCCAGAGAGCCACUCCAUGGCUGCCAUCAAGAGCCAGUGGUACCGUAACCUCUUCCAAAUUCAGAAUACCCUCUUCCAUAGCACAGUGGAAUACUUCCACAACACCUGCCAGUAUGCAUACGCUCUGACCCCUCUCACCACUGACACCAUCUCCUCUCCGAUGGGUCUGGGUUCCGACUCUGAGCCCAUCUCGGUCAACAUGCUGGGGCAGGAUGUGUACUUGGCUGACUCCAUGCAAUUUGUGCUGGAGUAUUUUUUGCGAUUCCAAGAAAACCUCCCGGGGACGUACUAUGUGUCGCCAAGUUUUCGGGGAGAAGACCCGGACGCAACACACCUUAACCAGUUCUACCACGUUGAGUGCGAGCUUCUGGGGGACAUGGAUAAUGCCAUGCGCAUAGCUGAAGGAUAUGUGGCUCAUCUCACCGAAGCGAUGCUGAAGAAACACUCCAAUAUUAUCCUCAACACAGCUGGGACCCUUUCACAUGUACAGAACCUAUUGAAAAUGUUGAAUGGAGGAGCUCGUCUGCCAAGAGUCACUCUGGACCAGGCCAUACCCAUGAUGCCCUCGCCAGACUGCCUGGAGUGGGUGAAGGAUGGCCAGCCCCAAUUUGGCAGGAAGCUAACACGCAAAGGAGAACGGGUGUUGAUUGAGAAGCACGGAGGCGCUGUUUGGCUGACAGAGAUGGACCACCUGGGAGUGCCUUUCUACCAAGCAUAUGUGGAGGGCUCGGGCACACGCAAGGCAAAAGCUUCAGACCUCCUCCUGGGACUCGGGGAGACUCUGGGUCUUGGGGAGCGUCACUCCAGCCCAGAGGGGGUGCAGAAGGCCCUCAUGCAUCACGCUGUGCCAGAGGAGUCCUACAGGUGGUACGUCAACAUGCGCCAGGCCAUCCCUCUACUCACUAGCGGGUGGGGCAUGGGUACAGAGCGCUACUUGUGUUGGCUGCUGCAACACAACGAUGUCCGAGACAUACAUAUUAUACCCCGUAUGAAGGCCAAGAAAUACCUGCCUUGAAAUUAGUGACCCAAUAAUUCACCCCGAAAAUGAAUUCAGACGUUCCCUUGCUUCUUCGUUAAAUUUCCUGAGGGCUGCAUAGGCAGCGAGGCAUCAUUCACCGUGAAAUUCUGAAAGCAGAACAUAUAUUAAUGUAGAGAAAGUGAUGGGCUGUGAUGAGUUGCAGUGAGGAGAGGGCAGUGGUCGAAACGGUGCAUGUUGUGUUGAGAUGAGGGAGGGGGUAAAAAUGUUGCAUAUUUUCUAUUCAUUAAAACUGUAAUCAGGAAGAACUGUCUGUACAACCUAGUAUGUAAAGCAUAUUUUCACCAAACUAGGGUUUGGUUAUAUCAUGUGAGCUUGCCAGAUUUGAAAAUGGGUUUGCAUGACUCGGGAGAAAAGAUACUUGGUUAUUAGAACCACAGUUACCUGAGUUACCAGAGUGACCUAAGGUCAAGUAUCAUGUGUCAUCUGAUCAUCUUCCUUGAUGUUUUUCCACAUUUUCUGCUUUCUAAUGCUUUUCAAACCAUUUACAAAGUACUCCAAAUCAGCCUUUAAAUGUUUUGACAUUGCUCCAUUUAAAAAGGUAAAUAGUGGUUGUUGAUUGGAUCACUAUUUUAAUAUGGUGGGUUUGCAAUAGAUAUAGAACUUAUAUCAAAAUUGGGUUAACUCCUGCUGAUAACCUCUUGUCCUGAUGACCAUUCUUUAUUGAUACAACAUAUUUGAUUGAUUAGAUUUGAUCUAAAUACACAUAACUCACAUAAUAAUCUUUCACAUUUCACACAGUAAUUACUGUUCAUUGGCAUCUCAACUGUUUGAACAAGUAAGAGGAAAUAUUUGGUAACAUAACACAUGAUUUACCACUGGAAUCAAAUAUGUCCUAUAUUAAAAUAUUAAUUUGGAUGGAUUAAAUAUGAUUGUAAGCACACCAUAACUUUUUUACAAAGGUACAUUUUCUAAUAUGAUUAUAUUAUCAAUAGGUGAGUAAUUGCUUUUGUUUUAUAUGUCAAAUGUUUUAAGUUUCCUCCUACCAAGGCAUAAAUAAAAGUCUGUCCUCAGA